AUGGAUGGGGAAGAAGUUUGGAAUGGAGAAGAAGUUAAGGAGGCAGAAAUGAUCAUGGAUGGAGAAGAAGUUAAGGAAGGAGAAGAAAUUAGGGAUGAUGAGGAAGAAAGUAAGGAUGGAGAAGAAGAAGUUAUGGACAGAGAAGACUUUAAGGAAGGAGAAGAAACUAAGGAAGGAGAAGAACUUAGGGAUGGAGAAGAAGUUGGGGAUGGAGAAGAAGUUUGGGAUGGAGGAGAAGUUUGGAAUGGAGGAGAAGAAUCGAAGUAUGGAGAAGAAAUUAAGGAAGAAGAAAAUGAAGUUAAGGAAGCAGAAAAAGAUAAGGAGGAUGGAGAAGAAGUUAGGGAAGGAGAAAAGGUUAAGAAUGAAGAACAAGUUAGCGAAGGAGAAGAGGUUAAGGAAGAAAUAGUUCGGUAUGGGGAAGAAGUGAAGGAAGGAGAAGAGGUUAAGGAAGAAGAAGAAGAAGAAGUUUUGGAUGGAGAAGAAGUUAAGGGUAAAGAAGAAAGUAUGGAUGGGGAAGAAGUUUGGGAUGGAGAAGAAGUUAAGGAGGCAGAAAUGAUCAUGGAUGGAGAAGAAGUUAAAGAAGGAGAAGAAAUUAGGGAUGAUGAAGAAGAAACUAAGGAUGGAGAAGAAGAAGUUAUGGACAGAGAAGACUUUAAGGAAGGAGAAGAAACUAAGGAAGGAGAAGAAGUUAGGGAUGGAGAAGAAGUUUGGGAUGGAGGAGAAGUUUGGAAUGGAGGAGAAGAAUCGAAGUAUGGAGAAGAAAUUAAGGAAGAAGAAGUUUAG